UACAGAUUGAUAAACUGAUACAUGUAUAAGUUAUUUUGUAGCAUAGCGUGUAGAUCGGGCCGAGGUUGACUAUCUGAGGGUCAGGAUCAGCAAUCAAUUUCUUUUUUUAAAAAAAUUGAAAUCGAUUACAAAUAAAAUUGAAUGAUUGACGGCAUUGAAUAGAUGUGGGUGUAGCUGCAAGUGGAGUGGCCGAUAAAAUUAGAAUCCAGUCAGACUUACUCCACAUGCGUUGGGUACAGUUGUUGAGAGGAUGUCGUGUCGUGCCGAGAGCGAGCACAGAUCUGAUUUCACUCUAUACUGAGGGUGAUCAUGGUCGUGCCGGCUCCGAUGAGAAGUUAGUUGUGUAGCAGUGAAGUUAUCGUUUUAUGCAGUGCUACAGCAUCUCAUCUGACAGCUACAGGUAGGUGAUGUCUAUCUAUCUAUCUAUCUAUCUAUCUAUCUAUCUAUCUAUCUAUCUAUCUAUCUAUCUAUCUAUCUAUCUAUCUAUCUAUCUAUCUAUCUAUCUAUCUAUCUAUCUAUCUAUCUAUCUAUCUAUCUGUCUGUCUGUCUGUCUGUCUGUCUGUCUGUCUGUCUGUCUGUCUAUCUGUCUAACUAUCUAUCCAUAUAUCCAUCUAUCCAUCUAUCCAUAUAUCCAUAUAUCCGUCCGUCCGUCUGUCUGUCUGUCUGUCUGUCCGUCUGUCUGUCUAUAUAUCUAUCUGUCUGUCUGUCCAUCAAUAUAUCUGCCUGCCUGCCUGUCCAUCAAUAUCUCUGCCUGCCUGCCUGUCUGUCUAUCUAUCCAUAUAUCUAUCUGUGUAUCUCUCUGUCCCCCACUCUCUUCCUAACACUCUCUCCCCCCCCCUCGCUCUCUCUCUCUCUCUCUCUCUCUCUCUCUCUCUCUCUCUCUCUCUCACACACACAAUCACAAAUAUUAACUCAUUGGGUACCAAUUACUUUAUGUCAAUGUAGCUAUGUAGAAUAACAUAUUACAUAAUUGUAUAUUAUGCCAACUAAACGUAUGAAACAAAACAUAUUAUACGAUAACUAGUAGUUGAUUUUUGGUAUCCACAAUUUUAAUAUUUUAAUACACACAAUAAACUAACAGUAAUUGUAAUAGUGAAUGUCACUGUCAUCAAGUGUCACAGUAAAUGUCAUUGUCAUCAAGUGUCACAGUAAAUGUCACUGACAUCAAGUGUCACAGUAAAUGUCACUGUCAUCAAGUGUCACAGUAAAUGUCACUGUCAUCAAGUGUCAUAGUAAAUGUCACUGUCAUCAAGUGUCAUAGUAAGUGUUACUGUCAUCAAGUGUCACAGUAAAUGUCACUGUCAUCAAGUGUCACAGUAAAUGUCACUAUCAUCAAGUGUCACAGUAAAUGUCACUGUCAUCAAGUGUCACAGUAAAUGUCACUGUCAUCAAUUGUCACAUUAAAUGUCACUGUCAUCAAGUGUCACAUUAAAUGUCACUGUCAUCAAGUGUUACAGUAAAUGUCACUGCCAUCAAGUGUCACAGUCAAUGUCACUGUCAUCAAGUGUCACAGUCAAUGUCACUGUCAUCAAGUGUCACAGUCAAUGUCACUGUCAUCAAGUGUCACAGUAAAUGUCACUGUCAUCAAGUGUCACAGUAAAUGUCACUGUCAUCAAGUGUCAAAUCAUACGGUUCCGUUUCAAUGGGUUUGCUGAAUUCCUAGAAUUUAUUUCCAAAAAUGGAAGACCGCCUUUGACAUGAACUCCGAGACCACAUUGUUUCUCCCCGUGCGUCGCCUCACGGCAGCUUUCAGGAGUCAGCGUGGGUGCAGAUGGCGUCAUCACGCUAAACAUCCAAUCAUAAUCACUGGCGAAUCAAAGGGGAUGCGGAGUGAGGGGGUGGGGGGCGGGGAAAUCCACCCUAGGCGGCACUUUUGUCUUAAUGUGGAGGGAAGGCAUUUGGGGGUCACAGCAGAUUAUGUCUCCGUGGUGGGUGGCGGUAAAAAUCUUGGCCCUCCCCUGACGCCACUUAGCCUAGCUACGCCACUGAUAAUAGUAGUAAGAGUUCCUUCAUUCGUUUCAUACUCAUAGCAUGUGGCGCAAACAGUCAGUCAGUUCAGGGAAGAAAAUAAACGUCUAUAGAAAUAACAAAAUGUAGAUGUCGUUUUAACAAGUAGGGUGUCAUAGCAACAGAUCACUACCACAUGCUGCCCUGGGGUUUGGUGUGGCAACUACCACACGCUGCCCUGGGGUUUGGUGUGGCAACUACCACACGCUGCCCUGGGGUUUGGUGUGGCAACUACCACACGCUGCCCUGGGGUUUGGUGUGGCAACUACCACACGCAGCCCUGGGGUUUGGUGUUGCAUCUACCACAAGAUGCCCUGGGUUUUAGUGUGGCAACUACCACAAGAUGCCCAGAUGUUUGGUGUGGCAACUACCACAUCCUGCCCUGGGGUUUGGUGUGGCGUGUCAAGUGCUGGAUCAAAAUUGCGAUAUCAAAAUCGUAAUGGAAAUACCAUGGCGCGUCAUCUCUAAAAAUAGAUCUCUACUGCCAUUCACGACCUUAUAAAAGUAGGUCAAAUUAUUUCAAGUUGCGGGUAAAUGAUUUGCAAAAACCGAAAUCCCGUUAAAAGCCGGUUUUAAAAAACCGAAAAUCGGUUUCUCAAAAAAAUCCUGUUUUAACAUCCCUAAUGUCAAAAUUCCCACCACAAACAACGCUCAUGCAUUAACUAAACAUACCAUUACAAAACAUACCAUUACAAAACAUACCAUUACUAAACAUACCAUUACUGAACAUACCAUUACAAAACAUACCAUUACAAAACAUACCAUUACUAAACAUACCAUUACAAAACAUACCAUUACUAAACAUACCAUUACAAAACAUACCAUUACAAAACAUACCAUUACUAAACAUACCAUUACUAAACAUACCAUUACUAAACAUACCAUUACUAAACAUACAAUUACUAAAAAUACCAUUACUAAACAUACCAUUACUGAACAUACCAUUACAAAACAUACCAUUACAAAACAUACCAUUACUAAACAUACCAUUACUAAACAUACCAUUACUAAACAUACCAUUACUAAACAUACAAUUACUAAAAAUACCAUUACUAAACAUACCAUAGCAAAAAUAACAAUUACUCAAAAGGCAAUAUAUGUAUUUUAAGAGCUAUUAAAUGCUGUGACCAUGUAUUAAUUUUUAAAAAUAUUAUUUACGUUGUGACCCUAUGUUGUGACCAUAUGUUGUGACCAUGUGUUUUGACCAUAUGUUGGGACUAUGUGUUUAUGUGUUGCUUAUUGAUGACUGGGCUAAUGUGCCUCUUGAUUGAUUGAGCUGCGCAGCAGGAAAUUAACUUCCCUUUAUCUUGUAAGUAGGUUAGAUCCUUUUCAAAUGUCACAAGUCCAGCUUGCGUUGUAAGUGCAUCAGGAUCCAAUGUCAAAUGUCACAAGUCUAGCUUGCCUUGUAAGUACAUCAGGAUCCAAUGUCAAAUGUCACAAGUCUAGCUUGCGUUGUAAGUACAUCAGGAUCAAAUGUCACAAGUCUAGCUUGCGUUGUAAGUACAUCAGGAUCCAAUGUCAAAUGUCACAAGUCUUGAUUGUAUUGUAAGUAAAUUAGGAUAUGUGUCAAAUGUCACAACUCUAGAUUAUGUUUUGAUUUAGGAUCCAUGUCACAACUCUAGAUUGUGUUGUAAGUAAGUUAGAGUCCAUGUCAAAUUCACAACCAGAUGUUGUCACUGACAAUUACACAAGGAGUUACAAAAUUUAAAUAAAAUCUAUAGUUUUCUGUGUAUGAAUUCGUUUGUAUGGCUGUAUCAGAUACUUUCAUUUAUUGUUUUUGUUAUUGUAGGGGCAUUGGCCGUCCACAAGAAUCUUCCAUUCAUCACGGCCCUGUGCUUUCCUUUCCAGUUGCUUCCAGGUGUAUCCCAUACUUUGCGUGUCUGCCUCCAGCUCGCGUCUCCAUGUAUUCUUUGGCCUUCCUCCUUUUCUUUGUCCCUGUCUUAUAAUUACUUUGGAUAAUAUCUCAUCACAAAUGAAAAAUGUACACAAAGAUAAAACAGAAACAUGUGAAUAUUAUUUUUGUUUAUUCUUUCAGAGCAAUCUUCAGAACAAUCAUCAGAACAAUCAUCAGAACAAUCAUCAGAACAAUCAUCAAAACAAUCAUCAGCACAAUCUUGUUGAAUAUAGAAACGCGGGCAGCCAUUUCACAUAAACAUAAACACUGGUUUUAAAGACCGGUUGUUCAUCUGUCUGGAGGCAGGCUAGAGCGACCGGCUAAAUGGACGAACUUUGUCGAAACGUAAACAAAUCUCAUCAGCACAACAAGAACUUUAAAAAAAAAAAAAUCCUCACUUCAUCAACCUAUUCCGGAUCUUCAUCAGGCUGAAAGUGGGUUGAUAUCCCAACAUGAAGAGUCUCUCUCAAGCUGAGUGCUCUAUCAGCCCAAAUUUCAUUGGUCCAGACAGCUGCACUGUUUGUCUAAACCAGAAGGACAUUGGCUUAGAGAAAUUAUGCCAAACGUGUAGAAGCUCGCCUCUCAUUGGCUGGGAAGGUUAUACACGCUCACAAUUCAGUGCAUCGGAAUGUAAUUCUCCCGUAGAACACAGCGACCUCUUUCCAACCAGUGCCGGGCGUCUACAACGAGAUGACAGGUCAGUGAGUCUCGUGACAACCAAUAACCACCGCAGGAUGUUGUUAUCUGACCAAGCAAGCAUGACCCCACGAGAGGUUGUUGAACACAACGAGGCAGCUGGGUUGGACGAAUGGCUGAUCUUCAAGGACAAGGUCUACAGCACGAGAAAGCUCCGAGAGAUGUUGCUUUCUCUCCUUUCCCUGUCUGGAGACAGACUAGAGGCGGACAAUCAAUUGCCUGGAGGCAGGCUAGAGGCGGACGUACAAGAGAAUAAAGAAAUUGUUAACAUGAAUAAAAAUUAUUGCAACAUAGGAGACGAUUUUCACGAUGAGCUGACAAGACUAGACUAUUUGGACACCAAAAGUGUUCGUCUAGUUUUGAGUAAAAUCAUUUUGAAUAGAAAAACAAUCCUUGGGAGCCAUCUGUCGUGUUGCCUGAUUGGUUACAUCACACAACCUCCAGAUGCUCGUUACUGGGAUGACGUCAGGCAAGAUGUCUGUCUUGUGCUCAAUGAUCUCAUCCGAGCAGACGCUGAGGAUAAAAUAUCAGCUUACAUGAGUGAAUACAUGCGUCUCUUACAGAGGUGGAUGAGUAAUUACAGACACGCAAAUCCAAAACAUUUGCAAUGGAUCGGACACGAUAUAAACAACAGCCCUUUCCCUUUACCGGAAGAGAUCAACGGGGCCCGCCCACAGCUGCGUGAUUGGUUGGAUUGGUGGGUUCCUUUUGAUACGGAAAUACCCGCUGGCGGGGCGUGGCCCGUUUGUGACGUCAGUGAAUUUGAUCUCGGGGAUCCGCACGAAAUUUUUGUGUCAUCUUUAAAGUCCUGUGUUGACCUGACCUGCCUCGAUAUGGACAUCGAUGGUGAGGUCGCGUGGGAGGUCAUUCAAGAAGGUCUCUUUGCUGCUGACGUGUUGACACCAGAACAGGAAAUGACGGAGCAGCAGAGGAGCCGAAGAACUGACCUUUGUGACCCCAGGAGGAUGGCUGCCAGACGGGAGGAGCUCCUCCAUUAUUUCGUAUGGAAGUAUCAGUAUGAAUACGACAAAUUCCGACCCUUUCUUGAUUGGGCAGACGCAAUGGCGGAAGGGGAGCGCAGAUUUUUAAACAUGUGUUGACCAGUUGACCGAGCAUCUGAGGUUAUAUUCACGUCUAUCACUAUAGAUAACAACUGAUAACAACUGAUAACAAUAACCCUACUUAUGCUUAGGCGUGUAGUUCAUCCAGUGCACUUGGUGUGGAAGCGAAAGAACGGGUCAAUAAUACCUUGAAGAAAAAAAAUCAGACGAAUGAGUUAAAAAGAGGUGUGCAUUAUUUGUGUCAUUAGCCGCCAUGUUCCGCGUCAUGUCUUGUGUUUAGAUUUUUGGAAAUGUGUCAUUAUUUUGACAUCACUGAUUGCAAUCUCAAACCCAGACAUACAUUGUUUUAUCAUUUUGACCAAUGUCCGACUGCAAUCUCAAACCCAGGUGUAAAUUGUUUAAUUAUUUUUACCAAUGUCCGACUGCAAUCUCAAACCCAGGUGUAAAUUGUUUUAUUAUUUUGACAUGGCUGAUUGCAAUCUCAAACCCAGAUAUGAGCACAAGGGGAAGAUAUUAUAUGAUAGGAUUGAAGAAGCAAAAGUAUAAAAUAAAAUAUUUCAAUUAUUUAUAACUGAUUGUUAUUUUAAGUUGGAGUUAGGUGUGGAAUACAAGAGAGGGGAGGGAGUUCGAGAUAUUGAUAGAGGGAGGGAUUAAUUGAUUAAGUGAUUGAUUUAAUGCAAUAGAGAUGUGAUAACGAUCAGGAAUAAUGUUAAAUAUUUCCAUUUUUUAAUUAAAAACAUUACAGGGACCAAUGCGCAAUACAAAUGCUGGCUACUCGCUACUCACUACUCGCUAGUGGUUAUAUUGAAAUGACUUUUUAGUAGCAGGAAAUGAAAUGAUUUCUCAACGUGAAAGUGAAACAAGAUGGCUGAUUGUGCCCACUAGGGACCACGGGGGACCACCAGGGACCACUAGGGACCACCAGGGACCACCAGGGACCACCAGGGACUAGGGCUGAGCCGGGUGCAGUUUUUUUACACCUGGUCUGGGCCCGGGUAUUUAAGACAAUGCCAGUCUCAUCAGCCAGUCAGUCUCAUCAGGAAGUCAGUCUCAUCAGGAAGUCAGUUUCAUCAGCAAGUCAGUCUCAUCAGCAAGUCAGUCUCAUCAGCAAGGCAGUCUCCUCAGGAAGUCAGUCUCAUCAGCAAGUCAGUCUCAUCAGCAAGUCAGUCUCAUCAGCAAGUCAGUUUCAUCAGCAAGUCAGUCUCAUCAGCAAGUCAGACUCAUCAGCAAGUCAGUCUCAUCAGCAAGUCAGUCUCAUCAGCAAGUCAGUCUCAUCAGCAAGUCAGUUUCAUCAGCAAGUCAGCAUGUCAAAUAAAAGAGUAAUUGUAAAUAGAAAAUGACAUGGUCAAAAACAACGAUAUGCAUCUGGCUAAGAAAAAAGAAAUUACGUCACUAAUUUCAGAGCCUUGCAGUCUCAUUUAGCUUACAUUUAGUUUCAUUUAGCUUAGAUUUAGUUUCAUUUAGCAAACAUUUUGUUUCAUUUAACUUAGAUUUAGUUUGAUUUAGCUUACAUUUAGU